AUGGGGGACAAGAGUGGACGAACAGCCCUUCAUUGGGGCGUCUUAAACAGCAACGAGGAAAUUGUUGCCCUCUUGCUUGCAAAAGACUUUGCUCCAAACCCUCGGAACAGCUUCCACAAUCCUACCUCGCCCCAAUGGAAUCCAUCGACGCCAAAGGAGUUGUUGUCGAGUACCGACUCGCCGGACCUUCCGUCUGCUUGGGUUGAUUCGCAGAUGGAAUCAGGGGACAUUGCAUUGCAUUUGGCAGCUGCACGUGAUUCUCCAAAGAUUCUGUCUUUGCUGGUAAAGGCAUGCGACCUCAGGCUUGAGAAUUUGGAAGGAAAGACAGCUCUCGAGAUAGCAUUUGGUAGCGAACACGAAAUUAACGCGAAAGUCAUACUUGGGGAGAUGGUGCGGCGUAACGUGACGGGGAACUUUGAAUCAAGUACUCUAAAGAUUGUGCAAAAGUGGCCCGAUGACAGAGAGUCCUGGAAUGGCGAUGUGCUAUGCUGGGCAGCUUUCAAUGGGUUUACCAAAGUUAACACAUGUAUUCUCAAGGCCAUGCCCAUAUUGGGCUUUAUCGCUCGGCAUCCCUCUGGCAGAACAGCCCUUCAAGCUGCAGCAGAGCAGGGCCAUCUUAAAAUAGUUAACCAUUUGCUCGAAAGCAGAGCUGACGUCAAUGCCUUACCCGGGAUGGCCUAUGGCCGAACCGCCCUUCAAGCGGCAGCAGAGCACGGCCAUCUUGAAAUCGUCAAACACUUGCUUAAAAGCAAGGCGAAGAUUAAUGCUCCACCCGCACAGAUCGGUGGCCGUACCGCCCUUCAAGCGGCAGCAGAACACGGCCAUCUUGAAAUCGUCAAACUCUUGCUUAGAGGCAAGGCGAAUAUUAAUGCUCCUCCCGCACAGACCGGUGGCCGUACCGCCCUUCAAGCCGCAGCAGAACGGGGCCAUGAUGACAUGAUAGAGCUGCUCCUUUCCAAAGGGGCAGACAUCAAUGCCUUGCCUGGACAUAGCUAUGGACGAACAGCCGUUCAGGCCGCAGCGGCGAAGGGCCAUUUCAAAACGGUAAAGCUGCUUCUAUCCAAGGGAGCUGAAAUCAAUGCUCCCCCGGCAUCUAUCUAUGGCCGAACGGCCCUUCAGGCCGCGACAGAGUGGAAAGACACUGGCAUGGUUAGGCUGCUUUACUCUAGAGGAGCCGAAGUCAAUGCCUCGCCUGGGGAAAUAUUUGGCCGUACAGCCCUUCAAGCUGCGGCAGACCAGGGGCAUCUCGAAACGGUCAAGCUACUACUUUCCUAUGGAGCAGAUAUCAAUGCGCUGCCUGGACAUACCCACGGCCGAACUGCCCUUCAAGCCGCAGCAGGUCAAGGAUAUCUAGAAAUUGUAAAGCUGCUUCACUCCAAUGGCGCCCAAGUAAAUGCCUUGCCUGGAAAAAUCUUUGGUCGAACAGCCCUUCAAGCUGCGGCAGAGCAGGGCCAUCGUGGAAUGAUAGAGCUCCUUCUUUCCUAUGGAGCAGAGAUCAAUGCGCUGCCGGGACAUACCCACGGCCGAACUGCCCUUCAAGUUGCAGCAGAACAAGGAUAUCUUGGAAUGGUCAAGCUGCUUUACUCUAGAGGAGCUGAAGUCAAUGCUUCACCUGGGGAAAUCUCUGGCCGUACAGCGCUUCAAGCUGCCGCAGAGCAAGGCUAUCUUAAAACGGUCAAGCUACUGCUUUCCUAUGGAGGGGAUAUCAAUGCCUCGCCUGGACUCACCGACGGCCGAACUACCCUUCAAGCCGCAUCAGAACAAGGAUAUCUUGGAAUGGUCCAGCUGCUUCACUCGAAUGGCGCACAAAUCAAUGCCCCGCCUGGAGGAGCGUUUGGCCGCACAGCCUUUCAAGCUGCCGCAGAACAGGGAGAUCUAACGAUGGCGAAACUGCUCUACACGAUUGGAGCAGACGUCAAUGCGCCGGCUGGACACACCAGUGGCCGAACUGCUCUUCAAGCCGCAGCAGAACGGGGUCAUCAUGCCAUGAUAGAGCUGCUUCUUUUCUAUGGAGCAGACGUCAACGCCUCGCCUGGAACCACCAAGGGCAGAACUGCCCUCCAAGCUGCCGCAGAGAAUGGCUACCUUGGAGUGGUCAAGCUGCUUCUCUCCCAUGGAGCAGAGAUCAACGCCUCGCCUGGAACUGCCCACCGCCAAACCGCCCUUCAAAUGGCAGCAGAAAACGGUCAUCAUGAGAUGGUAGAGCUUCUUUACUCCAAUGGAGCAGACAUCAAUGCGCUGCCUGGGCACACUGACGGCCGAACCGCCCUUCAAGCCGCCGCAGGACGGGGCCACCUUGGCAUCGUAAAGCUGCUUGUUUCCUAUGGAGCAGAGAUCAAUGCCUUGCCUGGACCCACCGAUGGCCGAACAGCCCUCCAAGCUGCAGCAGGACAGGGCCAUCUUGAGAUCGUCAAGUACUUGCUUGAAAUCGGAGCAGAUGUCAAUGCAUCGCCAGCCCCUGACGGUGGCCGAACGGCCCUUCAGGCCGCAGCGGAACGGGACCAACUUGAAAUGGUAAAGCUGCUUGUUUCUCAUGGAGCGAAUCCUAAUGCAUCCCUUGCGCAUACCAACGGCCGAACCGCCCUUCAAGCCGCAGCCGAAGAAGGCCAUCUUGCGAUAGUCAAAUUUUUGCUGGAAAGCAAAGCAAAUGUCAACGCAUCGCCUGCCCCUUUCAAUGGCCGUACGGCCCUUCAGGCAGCAGCGGAACGGGGCCAACAUGAAGUGGUAAAGCUACUCCUUUCUCAUAAAGCCAACAUCAAUGGCACUCUUGCACCUACGGAUGGUCGAACAGCCCUUCAAGCUGCAGCAGAGCAGGGCAAUCUGGAAAUGGUAGUGCUGCUCUGUUCUCAUAGGGCAGAUGUCAAUGCCGUCCCCGCAGUUUUCCGUGGUCGGUCGGCCCUUCAAGCUGCAGCGGAGCAGGGUCAUUCUAAGAUGGUGAUACUGCUUCUGUCCAAGGGUGCGAAUGUCAAUGCCUUGCCUGCACAGAACCAUGGCCGGACAGCCCUUCAAGCCGCAGCGGAAAAAGGCCAUCUUCACAUGGUACGGCUGCUUCUUUCCUAUAGAGCAGAAAUCAAUGCCCCGCCAGGGAUCACGGGAGGCCGAACAGCCCUUCAGGCCGCAGCAGAACAGGGCCAUCUUCCAGUGUUGCAGAUGCUUCUUUUCUGUGAAGCUGACAUUCAUGCCCCAGGUGCACCUAUCGAAGGCCAAACCGCCCUCCAGGCCGCAGCGAACCAGGGUCAUCAUGACAUAGAACGCGUACUUCUUUCCCAUAAAACGGAAACGAAUGCUCAAUAUACUCUCUACCUUAGCUAG